CUCACGGCGGCUGCGGGGCUUCCGCGGGGCCGCGGCAGGGGCUGCGCGCGCCCCUCCCGCGGCGGGAACGGGCCCGGCAGAAGGAUGAGUUAGGUUUCAUCCCAGAAAAGCUCAAGAUGCCCGGUAGGGAGUAGGAGCGAGGGCUUGAAUUGCAAGGAAAUAAGAUCCCCAGCACUUAAUAAGCAGGUGUAAGGACUGCAACACUGAAAAGGAAACACCACCUUUGUGGAGCUCACAUGGAAAGUGGUGACAGACCAGGAGAACGAUGGCACAAUUGUGAUGUAGCUGCCUCAGGUCCCUGCUCUUGGCUGGAACAGUAGGUUGACUCUUUCUGAACUAUGCCAAGAAAAAGAAAGCUCUUGGCUCAAUUAAGUGCUCUUCAAAACACCAGCAGUUCCCCUCAGAUCAAUGCUGUGGAGCAGCUGAACACUACACCUGGAGCAGACCCUUCUCCAAAAAGCAGCAAAUAUUUUGUGGUAGAGAAAAAAAAUUCUCCUCAGCUACAAGAAGACUUUUUCAACCAGCCCUGUGUUAGUCUGGCCAAGUCCUUUCUGGGACAGAUUUUAGUUCGCAAACUUCCUGAUGGCAGAGAGCUCUGGGGCAGGAUUGUUGAAACAGAAGCUUAUCUGGGUGGGGAAGAUGAAGCUUCCCACUCGAAAGGUGGGAAGCAAACACAACGGAAUGCAGCAAUGUUCAUGAAACCAGGAACUCUGUACGUGUACCAGAUCUAUGGGAUUUAUUUCUGCAUGAAUGUUUCCAGCCAAGGAGAAGGGGCUGCAGUGCUGCUGCGUUCCUUGGAACCUCUGCAGGGCCUGGAUGCCAUGAGGGAGCUGCGCAGGGCCUCCAGGAAAGCACCCAGCAGGCUGCUCAAGGACUGGCAGCUCUGCAAUGGGCCCUCCAAGCUCUGCCAGGCGUUUGGCAUCGACAAGGCUUUUGACCAAAGGGACCUGACUCAGGAUGCUGCCAUCUGGAUGGUGCCAGGACAGGACUCGCCGGGGGAGCAGGACGUGGUGGCCACCACCAGGAUUGGCAUUGGCAGCAGGGGAGAGUGGGCACAGAAACCACUCAGGUUUUAUUUACGAGGAAACAGAUUUGUGAGUGUUGUAGACAAGAAAAUAGAGAGAGAGAUGGCAGCAAGGGGACACUCCCCUAGCAGCUGACAAGUCCUGCAAGUGUCCCGGGGACCAGGACUUGAGCUGUGCUCUGUACAAUGGCCUCAAGCUGUAUCAUUGCAGAUAAAGGGACCUGGGGGGUUUUUAACAAUAAAUGUACUUUGUCACAAUGAA